AUAAUGUCGAAAAUCAAGCGGGGUUUCCGCUUAUUGGCGCUGCUCGUCGUGAUAAGCCUUAUCGCGUUCGCUUCAGGACAAAGCAACUUCAUCGAAGACGAGAACGACACGCGACUCAAAGUGGCUUGGUGUACAGUCGGACGCGAAGAACAACGAAAAUGCAUCCACUUUGCACAAGCAAUCGAAAGAGACAUUAUCCGCGUUGGUUACGACGAAUUCCGCCUGGAUUGUUACCAGGCGUUCAAUAAAGCUGAAUGCAUGCAGUUGAUUGACUCUGAGAAGGUGACCUUCACGUCAUUGGACGCUGGCGAAGUUUUCAUGGGCGGACGCUAUCACAGCUUGAUUCCCAUCGCGCAAGAAAUCGCAGCGGGAGGUUUACAGCAUAAUUAUGCCGUUGCUGUUAUCAAGAAAAACACGAUGAAAGAUGUCACAUCGUUGAGGGAUCUACGCAAUAAGAAGGCGUGUUUUGCUGGGGUUGGCACACUUGCCGGAUGGACAUUACCUAUUUAUACAUUAAUGAAACAAGGUGGUAUGGAAAUUACGGAUUGUAACAACCAUGUUAAGACAGCAACGGAGUUUUUUGGUCCAUCAUGUGCAGUAAAUGCGCUCACGGAUAAGUUUAACCCGAUUGGUGACAAUUCCGAUAAACUAUGCGCUCUGUGCAUUGGUAAAGUCCCCGGGGGUAAAUGUACCGAUACAGAUCCCUAUGCAGGCUUUGAAGGUGCAUUCAGAUGUCUAUUGGAAGCUGGAGAUGUCGCUUUUCUCAAGGAUUACACCGUUCAAGAGUUAACCGGUGGUGAUGAGUUUACUGCUGUGUCAAAAGACGCAUUUGAAUUACUCUGCAAAGAUGGAACUCGACGCUCCAUCGACGAUUAUCGCGCUUGUAAUUGGGGCACAGUACCAACCAACGCCAUUGUUACUACAUCAGUGACGUCGAUUGAAAUGCGGCGUAAAUAUCAAAAGUUCUUGGAUAAAGUCGCUGAACGCUAUGGGCCGCUUGCAAACGGUACAAUUGAUCAACCUCACGAUCAAAACCGGGAUAGAGAUAUCUACAACGAUGAGCGACCGGAGUUUGACCAGUUGGGUAAUCGCAUCAGGUAUAAACGACAACAAUACGGUGAUUAUAAUCGAGGUAGUUAUAAUCCGUAUGGUGACAAUCGUGACAAUGACGAGAACACCCGACCUGCCAGUCGGUAUGGCAAUCGGAAUGCGAAUCCCUACAAUACCGGCGGCCAAGAUGGCAACCGCAAUGACGAUAGAGAUAGGGAUUUGAAUCGUGAUGGUAAUCGAGAUGAUCCAAACCGAGAUGGAUUUGACAGAGACAGAAGUCGCAAUCCGUUCGAUCGUGAUCCAUACCAGAUCAACCGUGGACAAUAUGGAAUUAAUAUUGAUCCGUACGAUGAUGGGACGAAUUACAAUC